ACCAAACCACGAACCAGAUGUCUCCCGGUACAGAGCCGGGCGGGUAAAAACCAAGCAGCGGCCGUGCCAGGCUAACGUGACAGCCGUGCAGCGCAAGUCAGCGUGCUCCGCGGCGACCCUCGGCCCCGCCAUGCAGCUCCUCGCCGUCGCGCUCGCGCGCCUCCUCCUCCUCGCCGCCGCUUUCUUCCCCCGCGGGGCGCCCGCGGCCGACGACGAGACGUACUACAACCCCGGCGCGUGCCCCAAGUCCCUUCGCUGCGGCGACGGCGUCCAAGUGCACUACCCGUUCUUCCUCGCCAACGCCUCCUACACCAUCGACGGCAACUCCUACUGCGGGUACCCAGGCAUGGCGGUCGCCUGCGAGGGCGGCCGCGCGACCCUGCGGCUCAAGGACAGCAACUACACCGUGCUGGCCAUCAACUACGACAAGCACACCGUCACGGUCGCCGACGCGGACGUGCUGGACGACGGCGGCGGCGGCGGCUGCCCGCGGGUGAAACACAACGUAUCCGUGCCGGUGGAGACCUGGCUCAACCUGUCGACCACCGCCAACGACAACCUCACCUUCUACUUCGGCUGCGACUUCACGGCGGCCACCCCGCCGCAGCCGCCCAUCCCUCCGAUCAGCUGCAGCGGCUUCCCGGAGCGGGACGGGGUGUCUUACGUGGCGGUCCAGGCCGACGUGCCGCACAAGGACUCGUGGCCGCGGGCGUGCAAGGAGGUGGUCGUCACGCCGGUGCUGAAGGAGCUCCUCCUGAGCUCUGACGAUGCGUACCUCCCGAGCCUGAACAGCGACGGGUACGGCAAGCUGCUGAAGCAGGGGUUCCAGCUGACCUGGGACCCGAGCGCCGGGCCGUGCUUCGUGUGCGAGGACUCCGGCGGGCAGUGCAGCUACAACCAGAGCGGAGAGUUCAUCGGCUGCCUGUGCUCCGACGGCCGCGUCCGCAACCCAGUUUGCGGGAAGAAAACAAAGCCGAGGAAAUUAGCACUUACAAUAGGGAGCUCCAUAGCCGCCGGCGUUCUGUCCUUGCUCCUUGCGGUCAUGACGUGCCUGUACUUCCGCAAGAGAAGGCAGUACAAGAUGACCUCGUCCUCCCGGCUCCUCAAGUACACGGCCUCCGGCGGGACGCCGCGUUCCAGGGGCAGCACUGACAUGGAGUCCGGCAGCGUCCACAGCCCGCACACGCACCACUUCACGUACGAGGAGCUGGAGGAGGCAACCGACAGCUUCAGUGGCGCCAUGGAGAUCGGCGACGGCGGUUUCGGCACCGUGUACAAAGGGCAUCUCCGAGAUGGGCGCGUGGUGGCCGUGAAGCGGCUGUACAACAACAGCUGCCGGCGCGUGGAGCAGUUCCUGAACGAGGCGGCCAUCCUGUCCCGCCUGCGCCACCCGAACCUCGUCUUGUUCUACGGGUGCACGUCCAGCCGCAGCCGCGAGCUGCUGCUGGUGUACGAGUUCGUGCCCAACGGCACGGUGGCGGACCACCUGCACGGGCACUGCGCGGCGGAGCGCGCGCUGUCGUGGCCGCUCCGCCUGAGCGUCGCCGUCGAGGCGGCCGCGGCGCUCGCGUACCUGCACGCCGUGGAGCCCCCCAUCGUGCACCGCGACGUCAAGACCACCAACAUCCUCCUCGACGCCAACUUCCACGUCAAGGUCGCCGACUUCGGGCUGUCCCGCCUCGUCCCGCUCGACGUCACGCACGUCUCCACCGCCCCGCAGGGCACCCCAGGGUACGUGGAUCCAGAGUACCACCAGUGCUACCAGCUGACGGACCGGAGCGACGUGUACAGCUUCGGCGUGGUGCUCGUGGAGCUGAUCUCGUCGAAGCCCGCCGUGGACGUGACCCGCGACCGCAGCGAGAUCAGCCUGGCCGGCAUGGCCAUCAACAAGAUCCAGCAGUGCCAGCUGGAGCAGCUGGUGGACCUCGGGCUCGGGUACGGCUCCGACGAGGCGACGCGGAAGGCGAUGACGAUGGUCGCGGAGCUCGCGUUCCGGUGCCUGCAGCAGAAUGGCGAGAUGCGGCCACCGAUCAAGGAGGUAUUCGACGCCCUGAGGAGCAUCCAGGAGGGCGGGUUCGCGAAGGAGAAGGAGGGGGACGCGCUCGUCGCGCCGCGCUCCCCCAACACCGUGCACGCUCCGUGGGACAGCAUGAGCACAACAACCAGCGUUAGCAGCCAGUGACAGUUGAGUGCAAGUUGAGUGCAAUUUUGUCGAGAUUGCUCCCGAUGUAUGUAGGUAUACAUAUUUUUAGCCUUGUGUUUGUGUAAAUUAUGUUUUGCGUAAUUGCGUACCUUGGAGACAGCCGAAAUGUACAUAGAAACUGUGGCCGUUUAUACGAGUGGCAGCUGGUAAUCCGUUCCA